AGUGCGGCCAGUGUGUGUGUUUUUCUUCGAAGGCUCGCGCGUUAUCAUCAAUUUCGGAGCGUACGAUCGUGUAAAAAAACGGGACAAAAUCGCGUUGGCCGCCCGAUUACUGUGCGUGGCUUCCGGACUAAACCCGCGAACUUCCGGCAGGCACUGCGGUCGUGCUGGAUAAUGCAUUAAUUUCGUGUGUAUGUGUGUGUUUGCGCGCGCGUGUGUGUAUGCCGCCUGUUUGUGUUUGUGUUUUGUGUGUGUGUGAAAAGUGUUUUCCUUUUUCCUCCCGCGUCCACCCCCUGCGCAAAAGGUUUGUGUUUAGCAUCGUCGUGUGUAUGUUAGCUGGGCUUUGGUAAACAGGAACAUGAUCCUCGAGGAGGGCGGCGAACUUAGCGUCUCUACGCAGGAGCUGCAGGCACUUGCUUCCCUCGACAGCCGUCAGUAUGGAUUCCUGAAGUUGUCGGCACCGGAAAACCUGAAGAAGAAGGCACUGGUGUUGAAGGCGGUCAAGUAUCUCGAGCGUAUGCUGAUCCAAGCGUACAACCAGAAGAAGAAGGCCCACAAUGAGGAGGAAAAAGCGAAGGAAAAGGAAGUUGCAAGCGUGGUGGCGGAGGGCGUUAAAAUCAAGCAGGAAGCAGACAAUCCACUCUGCGACGUCGGUGUUACGAUCGACGAAAGUUUGCCGGCCGAGAUCAUGUCCACCGAGGGCAGUGGGGAUGCGAAACAGCCCUCUACUCCAGUGAACGAGAUCAAAACGGAGGAUGGUGGGGACGGUGGUGGGUCGAAGGAGGCCGGUAGUGAACGGGAGGAGGGAGGUCCAGCCACGGAACUGGACAAGCAAACCGGUGAUGGCGACCGGGAUAUCAGCAUCGAUCCGAAAACGUACUGCAAGCUUGGCCACUUCCAUCUGCUGCUGGAGGAUUAUGAGAAAGCUUUAUCAGCGUACCAGAAAUACUACGCCCUCAAGGCGGACCACUGGCGUGAUGUGCCGUUCCUGUACGGGCUCGGGCUGGUGUACUUCCACUACAAUGCGUUCCGAUGGGCGAUCAAAUCCUUCCAGAAGCUGCUGUACGUCUGCCCGGACUUUGUGCGUGCGAAUGAGGUACACCUGCGGCUUGGGCUUAUGCUCAAGGUGAAUGGAGAUUACGAGCAAUCGCUAAAGCACCUGCAGUUAGCGCUGAACGAUUCGUCCCCGUGCACCCUAGCGCAGCUUGAGAUCCGCUUUCACGUCGCCCAUCUGUAUGAGGUGCAGAACAAGUACAGGACAGCGAAGGAGGCAUACGAGCGGCUACUGGCAAGCAAGCAGCUGACGUCGUCACUGAAGGCCGACAUCUACCGGCAGCUGGGAUGGAUGUACCACACCGUUGAGCUGCUCGGCGACAAGGUGCAACGGGAGCGGCUCGCCAUCCACUGUCUGCAGAAGUCGAUCGAGGCGGAACCGCGCUCGGGCCAGACGCUCUACCUGCUCGGCCGCUGCUUCGCCGGCAUCAACAAGGUGCACGACGCGUUCAUCGCCUACCGGAACUCGGUGGAGAAGAGCGAAGGGAACGCGGACACAUGGUGCUCCAUCGGAGUGCUCUACCAGCAGCAGAACCAGCCUAUGGAUGCGCUGCAGGCCUACAUCUGUGCCGUGCAGCUAGAUAAGUCACACUCAGCCGCCUGGACCAACCUGGGCAUACUGUACGAGAGCUGCAAUCAGCCGCGGGACGCAUACGCCUGCUUCCGCAACGCCACCAUCAACCAGGACCAGCAGAAAGACCGUACGGUCAGUGCGUGCGAGAAGUCAACCGUACCGGCCGCUUCAACCGGCACUACUACAGCGGCGACCGGUGGUGCAACAACCGCAGCCGCCAGCGGACCGUCGUCGGUUACGGCGAACAGCGCGGCCGCGGGCACACCGGAAACGAGCAGCAGCGGCACCCCAACAGGGACAACAGCACCCAAUACUCAGCCGACCGUGCUCGGUGGUGAUCUAAGCAACGGUGGCAACAGCGGUGCCAACAACAGCAACAACAGCAGCAGCAGUAGAUCGCAAAGCCUUACCCAGCGUAUCAAAUUCCUGCAGCAGCAUCUCGGCAACGCUCCUAUGCCGAGCAUAACGUCCAAACGGCGGCAGCUACCGUCAAUUGAGGAGGCCUGGAAUCUGCCCAUUUCCAAUGAGAUGAGUUCGCGACAGCAACAGACCGCCCAGGCACAGCAACGCCAGUUUCAGAAAGGCUACGGACAGGGUGCCCAGUACCAUCCCGGACAGCAGCCGCAACAGCAGCAAGUGGGCAGCAACAAUGGUCUGCCGAACAAACGCUUCAAGCAGGAAGAUGGCAGACCCGGCAGCGGACCAGCUGGUGGUGGUGUGGUCGGAACGGUGGCCGGCCAGCCGGUGCCACCGUUCUACCUUAACCAGCAGCAGGUGUUGCAGCUGCAGUUCCUGCAGAACCAGAACAAUCUGACCGCCCAGCAGCAGGCCAUGCUGCAGACCCUCACCAACCAGUACCGGUUGAUGAGGGAGCACCAGCUGCGCCUUCAGCAGCAGCGAAGUCAGCAGCUGCAACAGCAACAACAGGCCGCCGGGUUCCAGGGACAGCCGCCGCAGCAGGGCGGUAACGGUGGGUUUGGGCUGGCGGCAGGGAACAAGACGCCCCAGUCGGGUAUCGUGCCGCAGACGGGCUUCGUGAACGAUGGCCACUUCUCGCCAGCGACCGGACAGUCGCAGCAGACGGCGGGCAUGCCGUACAAGUCGGCCGGUACGUACGCACCGUCCGGGUUUACGGUGCCGAGCAGUCAGCCAGCGGCGACGACGGCGGGAGGCUUCACACAGAUCACCUCCGGCUCGAAUCAUCAGGCCGAUAUAGCCAUUCAGUCCAUCCUCGACGACAAGGCUACAUUCGCCGAAUCCCUGCUCAAACAGCUUAGCUCACCAACGGGAGACGGCAAAGAUGUGUCCGACCCCUCCACUACCACCACCAGCAGCAGUAAGUCCCCACCGAUAAAAGCGGAAGCAACCUCGACGACGAUAGCGGCAGCCGCCGGCAGUGGUGCGAAACGGCAACUGCUAACCGGCAGCAAGCAGCAGCAGCAUCACCCGGACAUCAAGCUGGAACCGGUCGUAAAGCUCGAGAAACUACCCUCCCCCUCCAGCGGAGGUUUGGACGGAUCGUCGUCCUCUUCCUCCACUUCCUCCUCCGUCGGCGGCGACUUUAAGAUCUCGAUGUCGGCGAAAGACAUCCAGCAGCUGGUGCGCAAGCAGCGCCAGGCGGGCGAACUGAAGGACGUGCCGGCCGUCUGCUCGGUCCUGUCGGCCGAUGCGCCCCCGCCCUGCCCGCCCGAUUGUCCACCGACACGGCUUACCCGCGAACAGCUCCAACCCCCGACGCCGUCCGUGUUUUUGGAGAACAAGAAGGACGCGUUCAGUCCGCAGCUGCAGGAGUUUUGCCUGAAGCAUCCGAUCGCGGUGGUGAGGCAGCUCGGUGCGGCCCUGAAGCUGGAUCUGGGGCUGUUUUCGACCAAAACGCUUGUGGAAGCGAACCCGGACCACACGGUGGAGGUGCGGACGCAGGUACACCAGUCGCCGGACGAGAACUGGGACGGAAACAAGAACUCGAAGGUCUGGGCUUGCAUAUCGCACCGAUCGCACACCACCAUCGCCAAGUACGCGCAGUAUCAGGCGUCGAGCUUUUCGGACAAGAUUAAGGAGGAGCGUGACAAACUGGCCGGCAUCUCGACCGCCUCCACCAACUCCGACUCCGACUCGAAGGAUUCCAUCUCGAACAGUGGCAGUGCGUGCGGCGGCGGUGGCACGGGAGCGACCAGUGGUGGUGGUGGAUCCGGCGCCGGUGGCGGUAACAGUUCCGCUGCCGGCAACGGCAAACGGAAGAAGUGCAAAAACGGUAACAAAAUGUUACGCUUCGGCACGAACGUCGAUCUGUCCGAUGAGCGCAAGUGGAAGGCGCAGCUGCAGGAGCUACAGAAGUUGCCACCGUUUGCGCGCGUCGUUUCGGCCGCCAACAUGCUGUCACACGUCGGCCACAUGAUCCUUGGGAUGAACACGGUGCAGCUGUACAUGAAGGUACCGGGCAGUAGGACGCCCGGUCACCAGGAGAACAACAACUUCUGCUCGAUCAACAUCAAUAUUGGGCCGGGCGAUUGUGAGUGGUUUGCGACGCCCGACUCGUACUGGGGCGGCAUCCAGGCGCUGUGCGAGAAGAACAACAUCAACUAUCUGCACGGGUCGUGGUGGCCGGCGCUCGAGGAUCUGUACGCGGAGAACAUACCGGUGUAUCGGUUCACGCAACGGCCGGGCGAUCUGGUGUGGGUUAAUGCGGGAUGUGUCCACUGGGUGCAGGCCAUCGGCUGGUGUAAUAAUAUUGCCUGGAACGUGGGCCCACUGACGGCGCGACAAUAUCAGCUGGCGGUGGAGCGGUACGAGUGGAACAAGCUCGAAAGCUACAAGAGCAUCGUGCCGAUGGUGCACCUGAGCUGGAAUCUCGCCCGCAAUAUCAAGGUGUCCGACCCGAAGAUGUUUGAAUCGAUCAAAACCUGCCUAAUGCAGACGAUGAAACACUGUAUGCAGGUGCUGGAGUACGUAAAGUCCCUGCACAUAGAGGUCCGGUUUCAUGGGCGCGGUAAAAACGAAGCAUCACACUACUGCGGCCAAUGUGAGGUGGAAGUGUUCAACGUGCUGUUCAUUCGCGAGCAGGAAAAGCGCCACAUCGUGCACUGUAUGGGCUGCGCCCGGAAGCAGUCGCCCGGGCUGCAGGGUUUCGUGUGCCUCGAGGAGUACACGCUGGACGAGCUGAUGCAGGUGUACGAUGCGUUCGUGCUGCAUACACCGCCCCCGCCACUGCCACCGAUUGGAGCACCGCCAGCCCAAUCGCCCCAGCACGUCCAGCAGCCCGCCUCCUCUCCGGCCGCGCUGAUAAAUGUAAGCUCUUCUACUGCCGUCGCCGCCACCUCGUGUUCAUCGUCGUCCGCGUCGGCUGCUGGCGGUGGUGGUGGUGCUGGUGGUGGCACUGGAUCGGUGCCGGUGUCGUCGGUGGCUUCGUAAGCCGCUGCCAUCGCCCCGCCGUCCUCAUCGUUCUUAGCAUCGUUUCGGAAGUGGGAUGGACCUGGGGUGUGGUGGGGUUGCUGUACCAAACAACAACAACACCACCCCCUCCCCAUCCUGCCCAAAACUAUUUUCUCUCGGCCCCACCAAAUUCUGCACUAUGCUGCACUGCAGCUUCCUGCACGAGCGUGCGCGCGCGCGCGCGUGUGCGUGAUACUGUGGUAGCAUUGUUUUACUUCGGUAAGUUUAGUUUUAAUUUAGUUCAAAUGUACGCAUAAUGUGUAUCCCCUGCAUAUAUAAUGUCUCCUUACGGAGAGAAAAGGAGGGCUCGUGUAAAGAGUAUAUAGAAAGCGAAAAACAAAUAGGCUAUAGGCGCAAGAGGGAGAGAUUUAUAUUAGGCACACGCUCGCACCACCCGUCGGUGUGUGUUGUGUGUUAGAAAUCAGCGAAGCUAUAGGGAAAAGAGCAAAGAAAAGAAGCACUUAGGCGCAAAAAAGGCGAACGAAUUAUAUUGUAUAGAAAUGUUUUACAGGGCUAUUAGACUUGUUUUCCUCUUCUGUUUCGUUCAAUUGUUUGAAUUUCAAACCUCCAAAAGACUUGUAUGAAAUUACUAAUUUGCAAAUUACGCUACACUUACGAUUAAUAUUGCUACGACUACUACUACUACGCUUAGUCUCAACCCUGAAACUCUCGUACAGCACAGUUCAGGAAUAUGUGGAUGGCGUUGCGACGAAAUUGUGGAUAUUGUUUUAAGAGAAAAGCGUUGAAAGAAGAGGACACAUUUCCUUUAAAAAGGGUAGAUUGUACAUAUGUAACGCAACUAUCACGCCCCUCCUCACGCCCUCGGUGGUGUGUGUGACUGGCGAUCGUUCAAGUGAGUCGAACAAUCUGUCGAACUGCUCUGCUGCGGAGUGCGCAAUUGUUGCGCAUGGCCUGCCACACGCGAGCGCACUGUAAAGCUAGUUCGCAGCUGCAAAAAACACCACUCUUAGUGUUUAAGUAAAUAUGCGUGCGUGCAUUCGUUUAUAUAAGAGCGGGAGGAGAACACAGAACAUAUGGCACACAGAAAGGAGACGACAACAUUAGAAGCUCGAUUUGAGAGAUCGCCUGUGCCCCGUCGUUUUACAAUGUUACAACAUUAAAACACACACUGUAUCUCACAACCCGCGUUAAAGGCAAUAUUUUCUUUUUGUUUUGUUCUCACAACACCCUUUGAGAGGACACGAUCAUCGCGCAGAGCGAGCGUGAUCCGGUUUAUGUUGGUGAUUAGUGGUUAAGUAGUUAAUUUAUUUCAUCAUCGCAAGGUGUAGCGUAUUGUAUAUGUAAUGUGUAUUAAUGUGUAUCUAUUGGCAGCGAUAUUUGACUCGAAUCUGCCAUUUUUUUUUUAAAUAUGUGUUAACAUCGCUCUCGUUGUGUAUGUGUAUUGUGUAUACUCAAAUUAGAUCAUGUGUUUUCUUAUGUGAUGUUCUCCUUUCUUUGUGUACGCUCUUGUUUGUUACGUUACAAUACAAACGUUUUAUGUGUACUGGUUUUGUACUCUCUGCUCUGAGUUUUUGAUUUUCUUUCUUGAGAGGGAUUCGUUCGAGGGGUGGUGUCCCGGUAUUUGUGUGUCUGUUUCCGAGUCGUCUCUCGAGGAGAGGGGUGUAUGUGUGUCCUGUGUAUCGGGCCUGUUCUGUGUAGCGUGUUUGUGUGUGUGUGCGUGCGGCGCAGUGGUUAUUCGAGUUUUGGAACAAAUUAUUCAAAUAAUUCCUCACCUAAGGCUUUUGUGCAACUAAAACACGCACUCCAAGUGUGUUGUGUACAUUAUGCCCUUCCAUGUGAGAUGUUUUUCUUGGCAAAAAUAUACCUUGUCCUGUAUUUUCGGUCCGUUUUAGAGACUCAUUUGAAUGAUUUGGUUUUCUUUUCGUAUCGGAAACAAGUUCAUCUGAAGGACGUUGUGUUCGGUUUCGUUUGUUGAUCCUUUGAUUAAUCCGCCAUCUGUGUAUCAAACAAAAGCUAGCUUGCCAAACAAACAAAAAAAAAUACAUACGUAAAACUCUUACACAGGCACGAUAAAUGAAAAUGCAAUAAAACAAAAUUAAGUAAAGCAAAUAAACUGCGCAUACAAAUGAAUCCACAAACAUGAAUAGUUUACAACCAAAAAUAUGCCACUUGUUGUUUGAUAAUUAUGUGAUGUGUGGUGUGUGUUCAAGUAUGGUACGAAAAGAAUUUAGCCAACAAUUCACUGCAAACAACAACAACAACAACAAACAAAUUAAACUCAGGAAUAAUUGUGUAGACAACAAUCUUGCCUAACCAACAAAUAGACAACAACAGAAAAUUCCCUCACUCUCUAUCUCUCUCUCUAAGCAAGAGAGGCCCAAAUAGAGCAAUGCUGCCACUGGUUUAUAUAGGGGAAGCGAAACUGUAGGCCAAUAAAGAACGGCGUAACCUCUCGAUAAGUUAACAUUUUUGAUAACGCUCUUACAAAACUGGCAAGGAAGGAGGAAAAGAAGGUGUGGGUGAGAUACUUUGAAUGUGUCCGGUGAAACGAUCGAGCGAUCUCACUCAAUGAAAAAGUUAUAUAAAAGCUAAUGUUUUAUACAUCGGUUCUGAGUGCCUAACGAAAGGACUGUGCCGCCGACCCACAGGAUUCAUUUUGAAGGUGUUUCAUCUUAUAGCAUUGGGUUUUGCUUUCUGGCAAACAGCAGUUGCUGUCGCUUCUUUCGUCCGAUGCUCAAGCGGGGAUUAUAUGGUUAAAAGAGUAACAUUUAUUUCUAAAUUACUUUAAUGGAGUUAAGUUACGAGCAAAACUCUUUGAUUGAUCUCGAAAAAAGGAAAAGCCGCUGAAAGGAAAAAAAAUAUAGCAAAGAAUGCGUCCAAUAAGCGCUCCCUUUUACAUCUCUUGAAUUCGUGAGGUGAUCGUGCGCGCGGGCGGUCUCGUCAGAGUCUGCAUUGUUACCCCCAACACGUCUUUCAUGUAUAGUUUUUAAAAACAAAUACUUUUUUCUUUUUCGAGUAUUUUGCAAACCAAUCAUGAAAGUACAGGUCGAAAAAGAAGCCCAAAACAAAACCCAUCAGAACAUAGCAACUCGAUGAAGGUAUGCGUGUACGAUGUGGUGUGGUGCUGUGAGCGUAUUGUAUAGGAUAUAGAGAUAGAAAAGGUAUGGCAGGAUUGUUUCUUCUCGAGGUUGCUUGUUUGCAAGUGUAUCCUUUCUUAGUUGAAUUUUGACUCCACUGUUGGUUCCUAAAAGGAGCUUACGAACACAUUGUUCGAACACGAAGCUUUUCAAAAAAUGUCAAAAAUUACGAUCCACGAUCGUUUAGAAAAUCGUUUAGUGGAGCUUGAAAAACUUUACCCUUUGCUUUCGUUUAUCAGAUUUAGAUGAUUGCUAAUAGACACCCAAAUUUUGAGCUAAAAGCCUUUCUAAAAAAGCAAUAAGAAUGUGCGGUGGGGGAAAAGAAAGCGAUUUCGGUUAAAAUUUACUUCCAUUUCACGUUAGUUUCUUCUAAAAAAAAUACUAUCCACCAUCCAUCCACUUCGUUCGUAUCUUUCCAACUAGUUGAGAGAGAAUUAACGCAAGAGUAGGAGGCACAUUGGCGUAAUAUAAACUGAGCCAAUCAACCUGCUUUGUACAUUGUUUAAAACUACGUGUGUGAAAAGAGCUAUAUUUUGUGUGUGUGUGUGCGCGAAUGGUUCCACAAGCCCCCCACCCACCAGGCAGGCUCACAGUGUGUAAGGGUGACAAAUACACCUCGAACAAAUUGCUGCUGGGGGUGGAAUUGUGGAUCUCACACAACAAAACUACAUUUUUAUGAGUGCGUUUAGAGCGUGUGUGUGAGUGAGUGUCUGUGUGUGUGUGUGGUGCGAUCGUGUGCGAUCGUAUUUUUAUGAUUUUAUUUUCCAUUAAGUCAGAGAAAAGAAAUAAUUCGAAAGGGAAAGAAAAGCAAGCUAAAUAUCGAACUCAAUUAGGGCAGCACAACCUAUAGCAAACAGAAACAGUCAGAGAAAAGGUAAAACAUAUAAAAGCGAACCACAAUUGUUGUAAUGUGGGAACACACAGACUAGCAAACACGGACUAGAUUCUUUCGUUCAGGUGCUAAUAAUUCGACGAAAAUACAGGGGAUGCUUGGAAAAUUACAUUCUUUUACUUCUAGCAAGCGAACAACACUUCCGAAGACAGCUAUAAAGAAGACGGGGUCAUUUUUUUGCGCAAGAAUUGUCUCCCAAUCACCAUAAUAUGCCGUAUUUGAACGACGGAUGUACUGCUAGUGAGCGCGCGCUUGUAUUUGGAGCAGGUGGAAACCGUGCCCAGUUUCACCCGAACUCUGAUACACUUUUUCUUCUAUCAUUUUCCCCCUUAUCAAUCCGGUAUGAGGACACAUCCGGUUUUGUAGUAAGAUGUUAAGAGAGGGGACUUGCCCAGUUGUUUUAAACCAUCCCCCCGUAUAAGAUGGAUGGAUAUACGUUUGGCUCUCUGUCACGGCCACGACGAUUCUCCUUACAGCAGAAGACAUCCUAUUGUGAACGUGAUGCUUUUGACGACACACACUCACACACUAAUGCCUGGAUGAUGCGUCAUGCGUCGUCGAGCGAACGUGAUCAGCGAACAGUUUGUUGUUGUAUCGUUUUGUUUUGUGACCGUUUUAUGCUUUUUCUAUGCGACGGUGGUGGUGGGGGUUGGGCAUUUUUGCUAUUUAAAUUUAUAAAUGAACCCAAAAUUUACAUUAAAAUCAUGCCAAAAAGGAAAGGGACUUCAAAUUUUCCAUUUGCACACUAUUCUCAUGAACCAACAAAACAUACCUCCCAUUUCCUUCGAAAAAAAAAAAAAAAAAAACAAAUUAAAAUUAUUCCCUUGGAAUGUGUGGUUUUACUUUAUACUACAAUGCAAAAACGGCAUAGAAAGUGAAAAGGUGGCAACAGAAACAGCAACAGAAAUGAAUGGGGAAUCGUCUGGGUUUUUGCUUAUAUUGUUCAAACAAAAAAAAAAAAGGCCCAAAAAGGAAAAGGAAAAGGAUCUACUACUCUGUUUGCAAAGAAAAAUGUUCUGCAAUUUUAACGCAACGGGAUUUUGUGUUACUAAUUGGGUUCCGCGAAAUUGGUGCGUAAAAAGGUGUGUGCGUGCAAAUACCACAGAGACACAUAUAAGUUUAAAAGAACAAAAAAAAAAACGUGUACAAAUGAAAACAAAGAAUAAGAAAUAGAAUUCCGCAAAGAAAAAUUGCAAAAUAUUAUACAUACAUUAUAAUGGAAUGAAACCAGUAGAUCACUGCCAUUUUGUACCAGGGACACAUACACACGCACGGUGCGAACUAAUUUGCCUUGCCUCUGGCUGCUGACCGGAAGGGGGGUUUUUUUGUUGGUCCAAAGUGGUGAGCAUCAGUUUUUCCGUGGCCGUGUGUGUGUGUGUGCUAUGGGCAAAGAGUAAUCAAACGUGGGUGGGCGUGUAAGCGUAUAGAGAAAGGAAUAAGAGCGCGACGCCGUAGGUAAAGAAAAGAAGGGGUAUGUUGUGUACAGGAAAGCCGAUCCAAGGGUACAUGAUCAGAGGACAGAGAGAUUAGAUUCACAUUUUUAUUAAUUAAUGAAGGAAAGGAUCGUGUGUGAGUGGAAGUGGAAUGAAUGAAUGAGCAGAAAUGGUUGCAAAAGGAAGUACGAAUGAACGUUGACGAAUGAUAAGAUGAGUGUAAGAUUAUUGAAUGUCAUUUAGUAUCGAAGCGAAUGAAUGUGUUUGUAUGAAUGGGUGGGAGAUGCAAUCACAGGGAAAGCAUUAGGAUAAACUCAAAUAGGACAUAUGGGAUAGCAACGGGGAAGUGGGAAGAGAUUGCGCCGGAAACGGAUCGACCAUGUUUGUAUAAAGUAAAACAAGUGUGUAUAAUUCGACACUAUUUUUCCUCCACCUUCCCCAAAUACACAUGAUAAUCACACAUGAUCGUAAAAGUAGAAAAAUCGUGUGUAUGUAUGUGUGUGUGUUGGAUUCCUCAUCAUCAUCAAUUGGCAGAUUUCAAUUUUUACUGCUAUUACUUAACAUCCUUCACUCCACACUUUGCACAUUUCACAUCGCUUCACAUAUUGAAUUGGCUACGAAGAACGAUGGGGGAAUGUUAGCAGGGAGAGAGAGAGAGAGAGAGAGAUGUUCCUCUAUUAUUGGCUACAAUUGGCGCAUAAGUUCUGUGUACACCAAUGCUGCAAAAACCCCUCUCGAGAUGAGCACACUCUAUCUAUACCCCAUGUGUGCAGAAGGCGAAACAAAAAGGUGCUAUAAGCUGAUUUAACUUAACGCAUACACACUUUAAGAAUUGGCUAAAGACCGUAUAUGGGUAAAACCAAACAAAACCAAAAGAAAACACACAGCACUUUAUCGCACUUUACAAUGAACAAGAAAACAAUUUUACUAACAUAAUGUAUCAUAUAUAAAAAAAAAAACGCCAAGUGCAUCAUCCCCGCAGAACCUGUAAGCACUCUAUCUUUGAAAGAGAGAAAACAGUGUGGGCCAAUAAUCCAUGUCUUUCAACGCAGGUAUUUAGACACGCGGCAGGGGUGGUUGGAGGUUUUUUAAAAGCAAAGGGGAUAAGGAAACGAUUCACCGAACUGUAGAACCACAAAGUCAUUAAAAUUGAUUCGCCACACAACAAACCUAUUGAUUGAUUUGCAGCUUUUAUAAAGUUUUUUUUUUAUCAAAACAAAAACCGCACACAAACAAAACACACAGCAAAACUUGAUACAGGAAAGAGAUAGAAGAGCCACACACAUAGAACGCCGGAUACUGCUUGGACACGGAAGUGAAGGUUGCCGAAUAUGAUACACGACAGUAAUGAAAAAUUACCUCAAACUGCACGGAGCAAAGGAGAGAAAAGAGGGAGGGAGAUUACAGGAGGAAUAAGGGAGGAAUAUACAACACAUUUAUCAACUUAGUAGACACCGCAACAUAAGUAUCACGUUACAGCAUACACACAUAUUCAGAGACGAGACAAAAAAUACGUACGAAUAAGUAUACUUACCAGGUACGGGCAGCAGUAGCAGUACUAAUACUACUACAAAGUAUGCUUUUAUGAUGCUACACAGAGAACAAAAAACAAAAAAAAUCAUAACUCGUAUUUGGCGGGUAUUCCAAAACUUUAAUAACAUAUUAGACGCUAAAACCGAAAUCGAACACUGAAUCAAAGUUGUGAAAUUUGCAAAUCAAUUACUUCUCUUACUAAAACAAACCAGAAACUAAAUGGAAAGAGCGAUACAAAAAGGAGACAU